AUGUUGGGAAGCAGCAAAAAAAUACACAAGAAAACUGUUCCAGAAGGUCUUGAAUCAAUAUCUUUAGAACAUAUUAGAAAGUAUGCAAGGCACUCUUGGCAAUUUAUUGAUGUAUAUUGUAAAGGAUUGACUGGACCUCGUGUCAAACAACUGGAACCGAGAUGUAAAAUGCUCCAUGUAACACCAGAAACAUAUGUAGGGUAUAAGCCAGAUAUUUUUCAAGUACCACCAGUUAAACUAGUUUGCCUACUAGGCUUACAACAGGACUUUGCCUGGCUCCAAAAUGGCUGGUAG